GCCCGACAUCGACGUGCUUUCCUGGACGCUUGAGCCGCAUCUGCUAUGGUCCACGACUCCGCGUGUACAGAGCUGGACGACGAUAACUGCAUUUAUCCGUCCCAGGCUCUGUACCUCGAGAUCGAUGUCACCGAUCUCACACUGUGGGACCCUAUCAUUCGGCGAGGGAACACGCGGCAAGAGGAAGAGGAGAUCGAAGAGGACGAGGAGACAGAGGAAGAAUCGAGCGAGGAUCGUGACGACCCCGAUUCCGUCGAGGAAGAGGAGGAGGUUGAAGAAGAAGAAGAAAAACCGACAAAAGAGGAGGGUGGAUCGGGUGAGCCGAGUCAACGGCCCAAACGACGCAAGGAGGAGGAGGUGGCAGAAGCACGGAAGCGGCUGGAAAGAGCGAAGGGAAAGCGGUCGAUUGAGGAAGGGUUCCCGCCCGACCCGUUAUUGGGAAAUCCGUGGCUCGGUCCGGAACCCCUACGGGAGGAAGACGGAGGCGAUGGAGCCGUAGUGGGGGGAUUAGGACGCGAAUCGCCAGCUCCGUCUGGGCCGCUGUUCCGGCUCAUGUUCCCACUGGGGUUCGGACGUGUGUGCACGUCCCGCAUGCUGAUGCGGUCUGGAAAAGUGAAGCCUGGCCCUACACCUGCGGAGCAGGCAGAGACAGAUUGCAAGUUGGCAGAGAAGCAAAAAGAGAGAGAAGCCAAGAAAAAAUUGAAGGAAAAAGAGGCCAGAAAGAAAAUGAAAGAGAAGAUGGAGAAAGAGUUGGAAGAAGAGUUAAAGAGUAUAGAAGAAGAAGAAGAAGAACAAGAAGAAGGAGAAGUUUUGGGAAGACGUCGCCUUCAAGACAUACCUGAGAGUACCUCAGCAGACCGGCUCCCGGUGGAACCGCUGGAUUGGGCCGAUAAGUACUACUACUCCAGCGAACCAUUGAAGGAAUYUGAAGAAGAAAGGAAUACAUUCAUUGCAAAGUUGGUCACGGUAACAGACGYUGUUGGACGCAACCUGCUGAUGGCAGAAAGGAGGGCUGAACUGAAUGCCAGGUUGUUAGCUUCCAGACGACAAGAGAUAGAUGAAAAGAAAAGAGUGCAAGCAGAAGGGGAGAAAUUGCAGAAAGCUCUAGAAGGGCAAAAAGAAAACCCCUCUGAAACAGAAGCACAACUUGCUCUCCUYAGACAGACAGUCCUCAACACCARAYAAGAUAUGAACUUAAUKCGUGAGACCCUACAAAGAGUUGAAACGCAUCGUAUAGACUUCGAGAAUGUUUGGAAUAGCUUCUUGGAAAAAUSAGCUAACGACGYGGACCAACACRUACAGACGUAUAUUAAAGUCYUGGAUGAUCAUGUUACUAAGACAUUCACCCCGGAAGUCAUAGACAAGAUUGUGAAAGGCGCUGGAGGCGGAGGAGGAGAUGGUGAUGACGACGACGAUGGUGAAAGGAAWGGGAAAAAGAAGAUUGGGGAUCCAAAAGACCAACCUUCUCAGGAACCCGGGCAGGUUAACAAGAUAAAACUUAAACUGUUGUGGACCUAUAACGGAAAGAAAGAGGAAAGUGUGUUGCACUGGGCGGCGGUAAUUGAAACUUACGUAUAUGGACAGCGCAUUCCAUAUUGGGACAAGGUAUUAAUGGCAACUUCAUGCAUGGGAGAUGACGCCAUGAGCUUCGCCAUCUCGCUGCAAAAAGAGGCGGGAUGCAACUCUAUGGUAGAGUAUUCGCAGCAAACGCGCAUUGAAGAUUUUCUUAUGUUGAUUAGGGAAAGAUUAGAGGACAAGAAACUGGCAAAGCGCACAGAAAUGUUGAUCCUCAACCUCCCCGAUAGGAAAUGGAAAAGUACUUUUGCGUUAAAGGCAACUAUGGAUGAACUGUUGCAAUGCCCUGAUCACGGAUUGAYRCCGGCCCAAAUCUUAAACAGUUUUYCACGAGCACUCCCKGAUCCCCUGAGAAUACAACCCUAUCCCCGCACCAAAGAAGAGGGGAUGACGUAURAGAAGUUCGGCAAGAUCGCAAUAGAUCACGCCGGCUUCCUUGCCGAGGCAAACUAUUGUCAUUAUUGGAAGGAUCUGCAAGCGGGUAAGAGAUGGCAAAACCGCACUAUCUCAAGGUCUAUACCUGGGAAAGACAGUCUCCUUCUAACUUUUGAAGAAGGAGGCGCCGAGACCAUCUUCUGGGAUCAGGUAGACUAUGGUCUCGAUGAACCCAGCAGACUGGUAGCUCAGGAGGGGAGUUACGCGGCUGUUGCAGCCCGCGGGGGAGGGCGUUAAGGAAGAGGGCGUGGCCGAGGAAGAGGUCGUGGCCGUGGUGGACGAGGAAUCGGCACCCAAAGGGGUGGUGGUGAAGGAAGCCGCUACGUGGGAGGAAGGGGAAAUUGUCCCUCAUACGGUGGCCGUGGUUCUUACUCCACCUGGGGUAGAGGAAGAGGCUCGUGGCACAACAAGU